GUUCCUCAUGAAUAUGCGAGCGCUUAUCGCAGUACGCUGGAGUGGGUCCUGUACAGUCUACAGCGCUUUGUGUUUUCUCAAACAGAAACAGAAGGGUUGACGGAUAUAAGCGACGUUUGUGUAUUAUCCCGCAUAAUAUCGCACUAAUCAUGCCCGGACAGGCGUCGGUGACGGUGGCCAGCGGCCCACAGAAGUCGUCCGGUUUUGUUAUGAAGAAGAUCAUGAAUAUUCCUCCUCCAAACAUACUGGAGGAUCAAGACGACGAUAUUGAGAAGGAGAAACAGGGUUCGACCUGCGGUGGGACGUCCGGUGGUGGCGGUGGUUCGGGGGGCGUCUCAGCCUCUCUUACCCCCACCAUCUGGGACAAAACCAUCCCGUAUGACGGCGAGACCUUCCACCUGGAGUACAUGGACCUGGACGAGUUCCUGCUGGAGAACGAGAUCCCCGUCACACUGGAGGAGGAGCUGAGCAGGGGUCCACCAGCCCGAGACACACAGGGUGUAUCCUCACCCUCCGACGAGCCGGCGACCGUCCCACAGAUGCCUGAGGAGGAACACAAGGACGACGAAGAGUCUGAGGACCACUCGCUCACUGUGAACAUCGAGACAAACGCAGAAGUCCAAGCGGCCCCGGACCGUGUGACGCCGCCUCCGAUCGACCCAGAGGAGAUCGAGGUGAGCGUGGCUUUCCAGCCGGACCCCACGGAUCUGGUGCUGUCCAGCGUUCCCGGAGGAGAGCUCUUCAAUCCACGCAAACAUCGCUUCUCUGUGGAUGAGCUCAAACCACAGCCCAUGAUCAAGAAAGCCAAGAAAGUGUUGGUUCCUGCAGAGGCCAAGGAUGAAAAGUACUGGUCGCGGAGGAAGAAGAACAACAUGGCUGCGAAGCGCUCGCGUGACGCCCGGCGUCUGAAGGAGAACCAGAUCGCCGUCCGCGCCUCCUUCCUGGAGCGGGAGAACGCGGCGCUCAGACAGGAAGUGGCCGAGCUGCGCAAAGACUGUGGCCGCUGCAAGAAGAUCAUGCUGCUGUACGAGGCCAAGUACGGCUCGCUGUGAGGGACACGCUUCACCCCGACACACAUCAGUCUCCCUUAUAAUUCACACCGCAGUCACACAGCCGGGGAUUGUGGGUAAUACGGCGCCGCGCGGGAGGCGGACGAGAACGACACGAGCGUGUGUUUGUAAAGAACGUUUAAAGAAGAAGUCACAUGAUAACACAACAUAACCUUUGACCUCCUCAUUCUGCCCUCUCAUUCGGUAUGAAGACGAGAUAAUGUGUCUAUGUUUGUGAACAAGAGGUUUUUCGCAGAAAUCAAGCGCAUGACCCUCGAUAUGAAGCAAUUCUUUUCUUUAUUCCUCGUAAACGAGCGUGCG